AUGGAGGAAAACACAAGUGGUUUGAAAUUCGCCAGAGUCAUCGCUGUAGCACACAUCAUCGUCGGAGUGUUUUUGUUUGUAUUGGGACUCACAGAUCGACUACACGGCGAUUCAUGGACAGGCAAAUUAGGGUUUGGUAUCUGGUGUGGAUUAUGGGUAGAUUCUUUUUCUUUCUAUUUUUUCUGCUUACAUAAGGGCCAAAAAUAAAAAUCGACGUGCAAAACCGUGCGCUUGCCGAUCUGUUCAGUUAUACUUGGCUAUUGUGGAUUCCUUUUCGGAUUAUCCAUAUGGCUUAUAGUUUUCCUUUCUCGUUUGCAAUCAAUUUGUAACAAAUAAAUGAAUAUUGAAACUUCAAGGUGACGUUUUGAGUUCUGAACUGUGGGACAUGAGAGUCUUCAUGAUCUAUUUCAACCUCGUCCCCAGGGUCUCUCGUUCCAGGGUACGGGGAAAAGGAGACAGCCUGGAAACGAAAUUGGUUAUUCCCUUUAUCUCAUGUGAAGGGUAUGGAGUCUAGAUUCUAUUCGCCACUCCAGCUGCGGAUUUCCCGUAAUGCACUUUGUUUAUACCCCCCCUCCCCCCAAAGAAAAAAUGUUGCGUAAGCAUGGUCUUUAAUUUCUCUUGGGACGGCUGCAUGUAAUAUACUUAAAUUGCGAGAAAAGUUUUCUACAACCUUUCGAUGCCGCCAUGACACGCUCGGAAUCUAUCUUCCCCUAACCUUAUUUUGAACAUACUUUCCAUUUACGCAUGCAAAAACAUGUUACCUAUGUUUUAUUUUAUCAUCUGAUAUAGCAUACUUAUUUCUUACUUAUGAGGUUUUCUAAAGCAAAACGCUUUUGUGAAAGCUUUAAAGUAAUUCCCUAGAGAUGCUUAUUCCCAACAGCCUCGAAUUGUUUGAGGUUGAAUAAGGCUAAAAUAUGGAAAUUGGUCAAUUCAUGUGGAGUAGUCAAACGGUAGUUUUUCCAGAAAGAGAUGAAUGACUCGGAAGAAUAUAUGUAAUAACCGUCGGACGUACACGCAAAGUUAUACCCCGCCACCGUGGUACAAGGGGGGUGGGGUGGAUGGAAGCCCUCCCCGGAGUUUUUGAUAUGUUGCAGUAUUUAAAAACGAUUUUACCUUUACUGGAAAGCCUUUGAUCUUCUUAACAAGACGAGGUAUAUUUCAUGGGUGCUGGCGCUGCUGGAGGCCUGUGACGUCACUAACAAUUGUCGCCAUCUUGGCCGCCAUCUUGAAUUUAACCAAGAAUUAGAAAUCAGGUUAAAACCGCGAGAAAUGGUAAUUUUUUGUGCGUUACAUAAAAAAUAACAUAUAAAUAAGCACUUUGCAUGAUUUUAGCCACAAGAUUUACGUUUAUUGUUGAAAAAAGUUGAAAAAACGUGUACUUUCACUCAAAAAUGGCUUAACCACCUGCUACUUAUGACGUCAUAUCUCGUAACCAUAGUAACUGACCAUCAUUGUCUCAAAAUGUGCGCGAGGGAUGAACAAACAGCUACUGAAAACGUCAGGUGCUGAUGUUUUCUCCUUUAGCAAAAAAACUUAAGGGGGUGGCAUCCCCCCAUUUUACGUCCGAGGGAUAAGAUUAAAAGACACGACUCAUUGUUUGAACGAUUUGCUUAUCAAGUCCAAUAGUACUGCAUUAAAGACUUAUGAAGUACAGGAACAAACUUUUGAGACACCCCAUAUAGACAACUCUAUGUUUCCGGCAGAAACACGUCAUUAAGGAGCCUGUUACGCAACGACGAUGGCGAUGGCAACGAGAACAAAAAAAAACUUUUUGUACAUUUUUCAGCCGUCGUUGCACGACUUCAAUGUGAAACUGCCUAAUUUCACGUUUUGUCGAGGACGGGAACAAAAGACAACAACUUUAAUUUGUUUUUCUUUUCCUGAACUUUGAUGCAGUCCUUUGGAGUUCAACUCCAAAAACAUUUGCCAACAUUUGACGAAUUAAACGAGAUGGAAUAAGCGCGAUAAAGUUUGAGGCAGCGCAAAUUCAGUUUUUAAGUGACGUUUUUUUAGCCGUCGCCAUCGUCGUUGCGUAAACUCCCUAUUUCGUCUUGUGCAUAUCCUCUAGCUGUAAAGUCUCUCAAUAAUUUCUAUAUCAUGAACAUACGAAACUUUUUUGACAGAUGUGCAUCACAGGAGGUCUUGGGAUUCUAGCAAGUAAAGGCUCUGCUAGUCAGUAUGCAUUGGUGAGUUGACAAUCGGGGCCGGUGUAGCUAAGAAUGUUACAAGGCAGCUGGAGCCCAUAACUCGGCGCAAGCAAUUCUCUCCGGUUAUGCUCCUCACCAAUUUCAGGAUCUUUAGUCUAACAGGUAUUCUCCAAAAAGCAAUUGUCAUCCGUCGAGUUAUAUUUUCAUGCCUUUUAAUACUAAGUUGUUUUUCGCCAGUGUGAAAUUUUCCGUUAUUUAUUUAUUUUUUUCUCCAAACAGCUCUAUAAAAACAGCUGAGCUAAUUCAACCUCGUCCCCCGGUUUUUUUCCCGCCCCUUUUUUUCCGGCGAUAUCUUGUUCUUUUGACGUGAUUUAACUGAAUAGACUUCAAGAAGAUGGCCAUACCUCGCCAGCUGGUUAUGACGUACUUGCUGAAAGUCGACCAUACGAGUUUCUUCGCAAGCGGGGCGAGCUCUUCAUUCACUCAAACGAAGGACUUUUUUGAUAGUCUACUUGUGACGAAUUAGCGCUAGCCUGAGCAUUUAAGCUAGUCCGAAAGGAUAAAUAUUUUGAAUGAAUGUGUAAUAACGGAAAAUAUGCCAUGCAGAAUUUCCAGGGAUCGAGUCACAUUAUGUGUCCAAAAACAGUUUAUUAUGCCAUUUCUAUAUAGAGUGACAGACUCUAUUUCGCUUAGGCCUCCUUCAGCACGUAUCCAUAUAUUUUUGAAAACGGUGAUUUUUAGCCUUCCGUCCACACGUAAACUGCGUUUUAGGGCACCAAGAACGUGCUAGGUUUCCCAAAACGGUUCCCAGAGUGGAGUUUUUUAAAAUAGCCGGCUCAAGGCUGGAUCACCAGCGACGGAGUCGGGGUUGGAGUCGUAAGCGAAGUCGUUAGAACUCUUAUCAAACAUAAUAAUAAUAAUAAUAAUAAUAAUAAUAAUAAUAAUAAAUAAUAAUAAAAAUAAUAAUAAUAGUAAUAAAUAUUUAUAUAGCCCCUAUACUUUCCAGUGCUAAGCGCACAUCGGAGUCGUAGUCGUAAGCAGAGUCAUAAGCGCGACGGAAUGGGAGUCGGAAGAAUCAGAACGUUUCCAUUUUCUUACGACUCCACGUAUGACUCCGUCGCUUACGAUCUAGUGAAAACCAGAUUGUCGGAGUCGCGCAGAAGAAGAAGUGGAAUAACUGUAAACCACUCACAAUCCACCUUCCCACGCUUUGUGAUUGGUUUAGUUCUUCCGCAUCUGCUUGCGACUCCGACAACCUAGUUCUCACUUGAUCCGAUAAACGACGGAGUCGUAAGCGGAAUAAGAACGCUGUUUAAUUUCACUAAAUCGUAAAGUUCUACGCGUCUGAUUACAACUCCGGCUCCGUCGCUAGUGGAAACCAGUCUUUAUCGUUUUCGUGAGGUUUUCAAAUGCGAUGACGUCAUACGUCACACAGCGCAUGCCCUGUAAGGGUUGCUAUCUAAUUUUCAUCGUUUUAGCGUUUUUGUGUGGAUUAUAGGCGAAAACGAUUCCAAUACACUACGUGUGGAAGCCUAGUUUUCGGAGAACGGCAAAAAAAAAUCUCCGUUUUCAAAAAUAUCUGGAGGCCUUAGAAUAAUGCUCUCCUUAGCUGGCAUAACAUCAACACUGGAUAUAAGGCGUUCCGCACGGUGUUUCUAUAAAAGCAACAGUAGAUCUUAAGUUAGCAUUUUGUUUGUUAUUCAGUUUACAAAACACAUUUUUAUCAAUGACGGUUUUUUUUUCAUGAUACAUCAAUACUUUGCAAGCAGAGAACAUUAUGUCACUCAUAUGCAGCUGGUUCUAGAUAUUAAUAAUUAUUACAAACUAAAUAAUUGUAUAAUGCAAUUCCAGAGCUCUGAUUGGCUUAGCCAUCAUGGUAUAUAAGCCAUUAUACCGUGCUCUCCAAUGGUAACUGUACGUGUCUGCUCAAAAUUAAAAACAAGCUGAAAAUCUUUCGUUUUUACAAAUAAAGUCGGGAAGAAUUCUCGAUAUUUUGAGGGCGUUUUUUAAUUAAACAGUUAUUCUGCGCGCUUGUUGGAUAUGAGAUGAUUAUAACCAACUCAUAUCCAACGUGCACUCGUGGAAUAAUUGUUAAAUAUCAGAUAAUUUAUCAGCUAUGACCUCAGAUAUUUGAUAAAUGAUUUCCUUCCAGGCUGGUACAUUCAUGGGUUUUACCAUCACCUCAACUGUAUUUGGUGGAGUGGUCAUUAUUUGCUACGGUUUUUUUACUGCAUUCUUGCAGCUGGGACAUCAUCGUUUUAAUUCAGAAAUCAUUAUCACACUUGCCAUGAUGAUUCUUGGCAUUAUUGAAUUUUCUAUUGGAAUCGCAGGAUCAUUCUCAAUGUGCAGCACAAUCUGUAAUUGCUGUGGAGCUGUUUCAGAUCAGGUAAUUAAGAACAAUUGAAGAAUGAACAAGUGCUUGAAAACUAGCUUGAGAAUACAGCCGUUUCUCCUACAAUAGCUUGAUUUACCUAGGGAUGUUUUUUGGCUAUUCAAAACAAUCUGAAGUUGUCAUUCUGCAUCAUGUGAAACAGACGAUGUUCUUGAAUUGGGUGCCUCGACUGUUGUUAGAAUCCAGAGAGCUUGGAAAUUCGGCAUGGGAAUUUUUAUUUAUUUUUUUUUUAGGUGGGGGCUAAUUUUUGGUCCAGGGAUUUUUUUGAGUUUUGAUUUUGCCCCCAUUCGAUCAUUCCCGUCAUUUGAAAUCCGAAGCCACACCCCCACCUGGGGAUUUUACUAGCCGAGGGUAAUUCAAGGAUGUAUGGGACCAUCAUUUUUUUCUGGUGGGGGGAGAGGUUGGAGGGGUUCCUUCAAAUAUCCUUUGCACGGUCCAUACCCAUGACUAUGUUGUUAUUAUAAUUGUCGUUGUUUUUGUUUUUGUUUGCCAUUUUUGCAGUCCACAUCAGUAAUGUAUGUGGCUGGCCAGGGUGUGGUCCCUGGUGGUUACGUCAUUGCCGAAGGUCCUGGUGGUGUCCCCAUGGCGUUUCCUGUGCAACAAACUGAAGGUGGUGUUACUGUUCCUCAUGGU